AUGGUGACCUACAGCUACAUACCCCCAGAGUAUAAGACGAAUAACAAGAAAUCUUCGUCAGCAUCAUCAAAUCCACUUCUUUCACGGCAAACAACUGCGUUCGAGUACAAGGAGCCAUAUAUUCCGUAUCGAGACACCAGUCCCGCAGAAGCUUUCGAAGAAGCUCACCUCUACCGUGCCGACGAAAUGACUCCACGCUUUGUAUUGACAUCGCGUUUGUCUUGCCCUUGGUACUACCUUAUGUUCGCAAUCUCCCUUUCACCUCAUCUCAGCGGCACCCACGUGGGCUUUGUGAGUGGUCGUUAUUACACUGCUUUUCACCAUACCCUCCUGAUAGGAGCCCGUGAUGUAUAUACACAAUUUUCUCGCACCUGCACAGGUCGCUGGCCCUAUCUUUCUCACCUACUGUACCUUGAGGACUACAACAAGCCAAAUUACUUUGAUCGUCUCCGUCACAACAUUAUGUCCUCGUCCACAACCACUUCUCCCGCUCAAGACGCCUCCUUUCGCCGACCAAUGGCCAACAGCAUGCCGCGGCGCGUCUCCUUCGGCGCCGUACCCACGCUUGAGCGCCCACAGCCCUUGCUCACAUCAUCGAAGACAGUCUCGCGCGCCUCGUCAGAGAUCUCCGAGCUGCGCUUUGAGAAGACAAAUUCGAUCUCCGCUUUGGACAAGAAGAAGGAGGCGCAAAAGGCGAAGCUGUACAAGCAGAAGCUAAAGGGUGUCGCCGAGGUGGUGGGGUGGCUCUGGAAUAAGGUCAAGGAUGGGGACCUGAAGAAUGAUUGA